UGUGAACGCGCGCAAACAGUCGCCAGAGUCGGUCCUGUUCCUGUACUUUCUUUGGUAAUCCACGUGGUCUCUAAACAUAACGAACACGCCCAUACCUAAUCGUAAUUACGAACUCGAUCGUUCUUCGAUAACGCGAAUCCCCCAGGCACCAUCGUAAUACCAUAUCGACGUCCACAGUGUGCGCCCGUAACAGCCUGGAUUGAUAUACCUGUGCAAGGGGAAUGUUGUAGGAGGUUAUACAAUAAUUUGACGCCAUUUGCGCUCGCUUCAAUCGCCGACCUCUCCCGUGAAGCAAUGCUUUGCGACCUACGAGCCUCAUGAGCUCAGAAUCGGGCGAGAGCCAUGCCAGCGCUCACGAUGAUCGCAUAGGCGACGAUGGCGGUGACUCGAUUCCCCCGGAUUCCCCCGUGGAUGCGAGAGGCGGAGGAGAGCCAGAUACUUAUGGCGGAGGGACUGCUGGCGAUAAUGAUGAACGACAGGAGUUGGAAUCAUUGAGCAGCGGGGCAAAUGGUUUGAGAUUCGUGACACGGAAAGCUUCCCAUGAUUAUUAUAAUGAGGAUGAAUCCUCAACAUCUGAACUGCCAACACGGCCGCGUCUGCCCAGGCCUGGAAGCCCAGAGUCAACAUCUAACCCGGACGAUACGCCGUCUAUACAGGGAUCCGUGCUGUCGUCGCCAGGAAGUAGCAUUCCCGCCUCUCAUAGUUCCUUGCGCGGUCACAGACCUACUUCCCUCCAACCAUUUGAGCGGCGGUUUUCCUCCCGCCUAUCUCCAUCUCCGCUUGGGACGCCGAGGACCGUAUCGUCCCCGAACUUUCUAUCAUCACACUCUCGCCAAUCUUCGCUUUCCAGUAAUUUGCUGUUCCAGAUCCAGCAGGAUGAGUCGGAUACACCACAGGCACCUUGGGAUGUGGUACGAUGGACAAAAUUGAAGAAGAUAACAGGGCAGGUCUUCUCGGAGGUUGGGAAGCGUAACUUUGGACGCGCGACAUGUCUUAGUGUCGCCGCGUCCCUGGUAGUUGGAACGUCGAAAGGAUUCAUCCUUGUCUUUGACUACCAACAGGUUUUGAAAUCCAUCAUAGGCCCAGGAACAAAAGCGAUCGAGUGCGGACCAGUGACUGCUUUAGCGAUAUCUGCAGAUCAUUCUACAAUUGCUGGCGGCCAUGCUACCGGACAUAUAUUUACCUGGGAACUUGCAAGGCCAGCGAAGCCGUUUCUACAUAUACCCCCCCUUGAUCGAGCUUCUCUAGACAAUCGAAAUGCAGAUGGCCAUGUGUCAGGAGUAGCCAUUCUACACAUCGGCUUCUUAGGCAUUCGACAUACCGCGCUGGUCUCCGCAGACGAUGGCGGAAUGGCCUUCUCCCACCUUGCAACACGAGGUCUAGGAGCAAUCGCGAGAAACGUCAAAAUUACUCGGAUCCUUGGACGCUAUCCCUUGACUACGAAGUCUGAAGAACGACCGCGGAAACCAAGCUCAGUGCUAGCUUUUGCACCACUACCCCUGGGCAACAUCGAACAACCUACUGACACUAUGGGGCUCACGGCGCUUCUCACUCCUUACCUCCUAGUCAUUGUUUCUACCACACCCUUGGCUCAGACGCAGCACAAAGCUUCACGCCCCAAAGAAAUUGUGCCACAUAGCGCAUUGAGCGGCUGUCUCGCUUGGUUUCCGGCCGUCAAACUCAAGAAUCCAUCUGGGGAUCCCAGUAAAGCUGUUUCGAAGACCAAGCUUGUGUAUUGCUGGUCAAAUAUUCUGACCAUCCUGGACGUUGAUCAAAGAGUGGCGGCUCCUACUGAGAGAGAGAAGCCCACCGAACUUCAUUUCAGGGCUCGAAGCAGGUGGAGGUGUGAAGAAGCCAUCGUUGCCGUAAACUGGUUGAGUCGCUCCGUACUGGGCGUUCUCACCAUAAGCCAACGUCUGAUCAUCUUAGAAGACAAUACACUGCGGAUGACCGACAGCUUUGACCUUUUGCAGAAACAAAUCUAUCAUUCUGAUCUUUUCUCUCGGCAGCUUCUGCCGGUGAUCGAGCAGUAUGAUGAAGAAGACUCUUCGAUGCACGGGGUAGUAGCUGACGCUUUCUACAUGAGUUUUCGAGCUUACAAAGGGAGACUAUUUCUCCUCGGAUUUAACGACAUCUCUAUAGGCACGUUGUCCAAUUGGGCGGACAGACUGCUUGCCCUGAUGGAGUAUGGUGAUUAUAUCACAGCCAUUACCCUAGCGACGACAUAUUACGUCGGUGACGCCGAUAAGUUGACUGUUGGCUUACCCGAUGACGAUAAUGCAAGACAUGCACUCGUCAAGGAGAAGCUACAAGAGAUGAUCUCCGCCUCUUUGAAAUACUCAUUUUCCCGAACAGAUGGAGAGAAGCAGAUUACCGAACUAGCUGAAGCUUGCUUUUCAGGGUGUCUCAGCAUGGGCGAUCUGGACUACUUAUUUGAGGACGUGUAUGACGCUUUCGAGGAAAACUCAGAAGAGAAAGUGUUUUUCGAGACUCUGGAGCCGUAUAUCGUGGACGAGCGGAUCACGACCCUUCCACCAAAUGUUUUGAAAGAUCUUAUCACAUUUUACGCCUCAUCUGGGCGCGCGACCAGACUUGAAGAAAUGAUUUGUCGACUUAGCACCGAUACCAUGGAUCUCAAUCAAACCACGACAUUAUUCGAACAGUACAAUCUAUACGACGCAUUGAUUUAUGUCUGGACACGGGCCAUUGGAGAUUAUAUCACACCUUUGGUCAACAUCCUGUCGCUCAUCAAGAUAUUAGACUUCGAUUUAGACGAGACCGAGAACGUGUAUAUGGCGUCCGCGAUGAAGCUCUUUCCAUAUCUGGCAUAUACUCUGACUGGACGGGUUUACCCAGGAGGAGCGUUUAUGGAUGAUGACCAAGCCUUCAGUGCAAAGAAAGAUAUGUAUCGCUUCUUGUUCUCGGGCAGCAACAUUGCCUGGCCACCAGGAUCCGGAGACAUGGUUCUUACAAGGACAGAUAAGGGGAAAGAGCCCGAGUUUCCGUACCUACGCCUCGUUCUCGAAUUUGAUGCAUCUAGUUUCAUGAGCAUGCUGAACGAGGCUUUCGAAGACAGCUUCUUAAAUGAAGAGCAGGACGCCUUCAACGGCUCCAAUACAAACGGGACGAAGAACGGAUCUUCUUUGACGCCAACUCGUCAAUAUAUCAUCAACAUUCUGCUAGGUAUCAUGACGACGGAGAAUUUCGACCCCGAAGACAUCCUUUACUUUUAUAUGUUCAUUGCUCGCAACCUACCCAAGUACCCACAGUAUAUUCUCCUUCCAGGGUCAUCUUUGCACAAGAUCCUCGUAGGCCUCUGCAAUUACCCUACCGAUAUCGUUAAGGAUGACUGCCAGGUUUCAGUCGAGUAUCUUCUGUCGGUCUACCAACCGUCGGACUACCAAAGUCUUGUACCACUGUUCGAGCUUGCAGGGUUUCACAGGGUGCUAAAGUCAGUCUACCGAAAUUCGCAGCAGUAUGCUAAGCUUCUCGAAACAUACCUCAACGAUACUGAAGACGAAGAUGGUGCAUUCGAUUGCAUUGGCGAUUGCCUACGCCCUAGUAAAGGGCUUAAUGGGAAACAGACCGCUGCAUUCAAGUCGGUCAUUCUGGAUCGUGCCAGAGAUUUGGCAGCCAUAGAUGCAUCACGCUCCGCCCGUACCUUAAAACACUACGCACCCGAUCUUCUGGAGCCAGUUCUGAACAAGUUGGAGGAAGGUUCCGACGCGCAAUAUCGCUAUCUCAAGGCUCUAAUAGAACCGGACACACCACCUUCCGGUGCUCAGCAAACGACGAACACUGACUUACCAGCGGAUUUCACUGAGAGAUACGUCCAGCUCAUGUGCAAGUACGAUAAAUCGCAUGUCGCCGAUUUCGUUGGUUUACUCAACUCGGGCGAUCUGAGACUGGAACCUGUUCUUCCUGCAUUGGAGAAGAGCGGUGUCAUUGAUGCGGCAGUAGUGCUUAUGGCUCGCGAUGGACUGGUUAGAGAUGCCAUGGACCGACUUGUCAAGCAUCUCGGUACACUAGAAACGGCAUUGACAGGAUUGAUUAGCGCAGCUUCAGAGACCCCUGAUGCUUCCAAUACUGAGGAAGCUGUGGAUGACCUGCUAAGUGAUAUCCAGAAAUAUGUCAAAGUUGGCAUAUGGCUCUGUCAAGGACAGACACGCUCCAUGAAGCGAGCUCCAGUCUCUCUUGUCGACCGACGCAAAUCUGCCUAUGGUGAGGUACGAGAGGAAGACCUUGCGCUAGAUGAGAUGCUCUGGCUUGACCUGGUCGAUACAGUCGUUUCUUUGAUCAAGAAUGCGUCCGCGGCCGUGACCAAACUGGAGGCCACGCUAUCCUCUACGCCUACAUCUUCCACGCCGAUCGAUACAGGCAGGAUAACGACUACUCUACGUUCGUCCGUCCAGCAGACCUUUUCUACUCUUCUGGCCUGCACCACCAUCCCGCCGAAGAAGGCGGCCCAGCCUCAGCAGCAAUCCACGACCUUCUCUCGGCCGCCCUUGACCACACGGCAAUCGCAGCCGCAGACCAACCCCUCCUUCCUCCGCAUCUUACGAACGUUCCUGACUCGUGCUGCCCACUCAUCACCCUCUCUCUCCGACCUCCGUUCAGUUCUAUCAGAGAUCUUUGCAGCCUACACGUUCGAAGAAACGAUUCUAUCGCUUGCCAACCGCUUCCUCGACAAAGAAGGCUUCGUCCACGUCCAAGAAAUCAGCGAACUAAGGCAGAGAGGAUGGCGACCCAGAGGACAAGUGUGCGAAGGAUGCAAGAAACGAGGCUGGGGACCUGGAACGGGAGCUGCUGUAUGGGACAGCUGGGAGCGCAGGGAGAACGAGAAACACGAACGCAGACUGCAAGCUUCUGCAGACGAGACUGGCAAAGGCAAAGGGAAGAGCGCGCAGUCUGAACACGAUGUCACGGGGGAGAAUGGAGGAGUCGCUGCUCUGGUUGUAUUUGCAUGUCGACAUCUAUGGCAUCGACCUUGUGUGGAAAAGGCGAUGGCUCCCGAGACUACUGGGGACGGCGACGACGGUGGCAAAGCAGGCAGUAAAGACGAUGUUGCUCACCAAGGGAGAGCGAAGGACGGGGUGAGAUUGAGAUGUCCUCUUUGUAUAUAGUCUUACCAUUCUAUGUGAUGUUGAUAGAAUUAUCUUGUAGGAAGGGUGGAUUGAUGGGGGCUAAGAAUGAGGAGUGAGUCAUGAUGUAUAUUCAUUGGAGCGUCCUUUUUUCCUUUUCCAUAGCGAGCGUCAUGUAACCAUGUAACGGCUCGAUGCAACGAGCUCAAGGAUGUGUUGUUGCAAUCAGUCAGUUCUCGUAUGCAUGUAGACUGAAAAGAGUAGAGAGCUUACAGGACGUGGAUUAUGAUUGUCCCAUUCCUCAUUCCCCAAUGUCAGAGAUCGACCUUGUCUUAUUCUAGUGCCUGGCGUAUUCCCGCCAUUCAUCAUUCA